GACCCGGGGACGCAUGCUCUGUGCCGGCUGGAGGGAUUCCGCCCCGAGCCGGGGGUCCCCAAACAAAGGUGCUGGAAGGGCGAGGCUGCGUGGGCAUUGUCGGGCACGGAGCUCAGACACAUCUACAAGGAAGGCAUUCGCAGCACAGUCGCGUUCUACCCAUCUCUCGCCAAUCCGUUCCUGGAGUUGCUGGGCCGCGCGCUGCCAAGCGCACGACCUGCAGGCAGGGCACUCGCUAUGGCCGCUCGGCCCGCCGCCGGGCCCCGGGUCUCGAUGCUGUUCCCGCUGCUGCUGCUGCUGCUCGCACCAGGGCUUCUGACGGCCGAGCCCGCGGCAGGAAGCGUCAUCCCGGCUGAAAGCCGACCUUGUGUGGAUUGCCAUGCUUUUGAGUUCAUGCAGAGAGCCCUCCAGGACCUGAAGAAGACUGCCUACAACCUUGACACACGGACAGAGACCCUCCUCCUACAGGCCGAAAGAAGAGCCCUGUGUGAAUGUUGGCCAGCGGUGUCCUAGGCCAACUCUCAUUUCCACCCUGCAGUUAAAAAAAAACAAACUGCAGGAACCUUUGGCUCCAGAUGUAAGCAUCGAACCUCCCCAGAAGGAAAGGGGUGGUUCCUCCUCCUGCCCCCAGAGCGCAUCUCCCCUGCUUCUGCCUGCAUCACCUCAGCUCUGGCCCCUGCACUGUGAACACUUGUGUCUGUGGCCCAGGGAGCUCCUGACACAAAGCCAGUUUGUCUUUGGUCCCUCCCACCUCCCUUCAGGACCCCUCACUCCCCUCCUGGGCCCUGCCUCCCAUCCAUACUAAGGUGCUAAGGUAUUAUUGACGGGAAGAGCUCCCCAAAACUGUGAGUACCCUGAGGUGCUUCAGUUCAAUUCAAUAAACAUUUUGCCCUUUCAGCUUCCUGCUCCCUAGUUUUCAGUGUCUCUGGCCCUCUUUUUCUUCUUUCUCUCCUCCUUUUCCUUUUCUUUCUUUCCCUCUCUUUGUCGCUCCCCUCUCUCCUCUUCUUUCUCUCUCCUCUCUUCAUUCUUUCUUCUUUGUUUUUCCCUCUUUCCUUUCUCUCUCUCCUCUUUCCCUCCCCUUUCUCUCUCUCCCCUCUCUUCUUUCUCUACUCCUCUCUUUAUUCUUUCUUCUUUGUUUCUCCCUCUUUCCUUUCUCUCUCUCCUCUUUCCCUCCCCUUUCUCUCUCUCCCCUCUCUUCUUUCUCUACUCCUCUCUUUAUUCUUUCUUCUUGUCUCUCCCUUCUCUCCCUCCCCCCUCUCCUCUCUCUCUUUCUCAUCCACUCCCACUGCUUCUUCUGGAGUCACCCUCACAUGGAGGUGACUCCUGGCUCCCUGCCCUGAGCUCCUGCUAGCCCUGCUGGGCACAUGUGUUUGGCUUUUCCACCAUCUCAAGCUCAAUGUGUCCCAAACUGAACUCAUCCUCUGAAAAGCAGGGAGAGUAAUACUUGCACUACCUACCUCACAGACCUGUCCCAAGGAAAGUGCUUUGAAAAACCUAAAAGCACUGAAGAAUCGUGAGUUGCUCUAUAUGUGAGUUAUUAUUUCUCCCGAGUCUUCCCUGCCUCCCAAUUUUCCUAUCAAUGGCACCACUGCCCUCCCAGCCAUCCAGACUUGCAACCUUGAAGCGGUUCAUAGACCCUUCCCCCUCCCUUCCUGCUCCCCUUCUCCCAUCCAGUCAUCUGUCAAGUGCUGUUAAUCCUACUUUUCCAACUAUUGUUGGGCCUUGAAUCCACUCUCUUCUCCCUCCUCUCCCUGGCCACUGUCUUAGAGCAGACCCUCAUUACCUUGACCAGGACUGCUGUGAUAGACUCCUCAUUGGUUUUCCUGCCCCUAGUCUCUCCCCUCUCCAAACCAUCCAACAGAUAGCUGCCAAAUUAAUCAUCUUAAGUAUAGUUCUGAUCAAGGAAUGCCCCCUUGCUGAAGAAACCAUCAGUGGCCACCCGUUAUCUUCAGGAUGAAAUGUAAACUCCUGAUUUUGCAGACUCAAUGCUGUCCACAGUUUGGUUCCAACUUCUCUUGGAAGCAUUGCAUUCAUUCUGUGCCCCUAAAUGCAUUGAGCGCUGGAGCCAAACUGGACUAGGACUGCCCAUGUCAGUCUUGCCCCUGUGAAUUCAUGCAGGUUGUCCUUGGGAGCACCUGGAGCAUAUUUCUUCCUUAUUUCUGCUGGGUAGAGUUUGAGGCUCAGCUCAGGUGCCCCUUUCUCCAUGAAGCCCCUCUCGGAUCCUCUACCCUAAUUUUUGCUCCUUAGACUUUCCCAUACUACUUUGGAUUGCUUCUCUCUUGCCCUACCUUGUGAAAGACUCGUCUGUGUGUAUUCCUUAUCACCCCCAGUAGAUUGUAAGUUCCUUGAGGGCAGGAGCUGGGUCAUUUUAUCAUCUUUGUAUCCCUAGCUCUGAGCACAGGGCCCUGGAACAUAGUAAUAAAUGUUUGUUGAACUAAAUGG